UCGAAACAGGACUUUGAAUUGAUUUUCACGCUCGAUUUCUCUGCGCAAACUCUGCUCCAGAGACUCGGUGUCUCUCCCAACUCAGCUGGACUGAACAGGCGUGGAUGUAGGGGGCAAGAAGCACAGGCGGCCAGUCCGAGAAGAAGGCCUUCCACGGCAGAGAGCAGGUCGCCGGCGAUCUUCCUUUGCCUCGGCCAGUUCACGGAAGGGUGACAGCUGGGGCACUACGUGCAAAGAUCUGCAUGCGCGAUUUCGUCGUCGCUUUCUUCCACACUCCGAGUCGAGCACGACUGUCUGCAGGAGGGAAGCCAAGGGCAGGACCGUUUGUCUCCGCGACCCUGCACUCGCCUUUCUGCAGUCGUGUACGCACGCUGUUCCGGUCAGCUGUUCUCCGUGAGUAUUUUCAACGUCUGGUGGAGCCUUGUCUCCCAACUUUUCGUUUUUCCUCGACUUGCGCAACUCUCCGUCUUCCCCGAGUCGCCUCCUCCUCCCUGCCCUUUCUGUGGGGUACACACACUCCAGUGGACAUACACCCCACGUACAGAAGUAUCGGGCGUCUCGCCAGCGUUUCACUCUCUCAGCUUGCCUCGCCUGUUUUCCACGCGGCUCGCGGAGAACGAGAGGAAGAACACGAGCGAUAACAACAGGACGCACAAGACACGAGCGAGAGCAAGAGGAAGCGCAAAGCGAGGCGAGGACCAUUCAGGCGGUUUGCCAGAGUUUCGGUGUCUCUUAGGCUCUGUUUUCUAUUUUCGACGAGAGCAACCAUGGAUGAAAUGCGAGCUAUGCUCGACUCUCUCAUGGGCCGCAACCGCAACGAAUGCGGCCGGAACAAGAGAGGCGACAGCUCCUUCAAAGAUGACGAAAUCUGCAAAUUCUUCUUGCUCGACUACUGCCCCCACGAGUUGUUUCCAAACACUCGCAGCGACUUGGGGCCAUGCCCGAAAGAACAUCGUCCAGACUUAAAGGAAGCCUUCGAGAAAGAUGAGAACCACGAGUACUACAAAGCCCUGUACGAACAGGAGUUCAUGAAGUUCUUGAAGCGCUUAGUCGAUCAAAUGGAGAGCCGCAUAAAGAAAGUUCAGCAGCGCAUCGACGCUAACAACACGGUCACCGAACUCGACAAAGACACAGCAGAAAAAGUCAACGCUGUGAACGCACAGAUCUCCGAGUUGUUGAAGAAGCAAGACGAAGCUGGCGCGAAGGGGGAGAUCGAUGUAGCGGAGAAACUAAAUGAAGAAGUAGCUCUGCUGCAGCGAGAAGUUCAGCGACUGAAAAAUCCUCAUGCAGACAUCGCAACCAUCCGCGAAAGCCAACUUCGAGUCUGCGCGGUCUGCGGGGCUCUGCAGAGCGCGGGAGACGCGCUGUGUCGCUACGAAAGUCACGCAAGUGGAAAGCAGCAUCGAGGCUUCGAAAAGAUUCGUUCCUCGCUGGCGAAACUGGUGGAGACCGAGCGCGAGCGCGAGGCAGUCCUGGGUCGAGGAGUGAAUGGAGCGCGACGCAGAGAAGCCUCCCACCCGAGAGCGUCGGAGAGAGUCAGAGGCGACAGCGGCCUCCGCGGGCGCUCCCCGCAGAAUCGAGACCGAGGCGGAUCGCGAGACGCAGGUCGGCGGGCGGAGCACGCGUAUCGAAGUCGCGGAGGGCGUUUCGAGGAGGAAGAAGAGGAGAGGAGAAGGCGCGAGCGAACCGCGGGAGGCGACAGGGGCAGCCGAUACCGCGAGGACAGCUACGGUCGGUUCUCUUCGGCUUACAGACGAGACGGUCGAGGGUACGAGAGCCGCCGCGGAGGGGACGAGACGCUGAGCAGCAGAGCGCGGUACGGAGAGAGAGACCGAGAGGGAGAGAGAGAAGGGAGGUUCCGGUCGAGAGACUAUCCGGAGGGAGGGCGACAGCGAGGCUACGACUCGCACAGGAGCAGAGAAGGUCGAUACUCGAGAGACUGUCGAGACAGAGGCGAGGAAGACUUCCGGCGAGACUCUGAACGGAUGCGAGAGAGACACAGGCGAUACAGGGAUGACCGAGAUGAGAGGGACGAGGACAGAGGAGACAGGGGAGACAGAGGUGGCGAGAGAGAGGAGAUAGGAGAUCGAGAAGAUCGAGAGGAGAGAGAGAGACAGAGAAGCAGAUACUCGCGGAGAAGUCGCAGUGGGGACCGUGCGGAGGAAGAGGGUGAGGCGAAGGGAGGAAGGGAGACAAAGAGGAGACGAUACGAAGAGGAGAGAGGGGACGAACAGAGAAGAGACGGAGACUACGCUUACCACGGAGACGACAAACCGACGAAAGACCCAUGCAGAGGAGACGAAGGCGCGAAGGCGAAGUCCCAUCUCGUCGAGGCACCUCGAGAAGGCGACAGCCGAGCGCACGGAGGAGACGGUUGUGAGAAAGACGAGAAAAACGGAUAUAGGAACACAGAGGCAGCGAACGCAGAGUAAUUAUGUGAGGGUGCCACGAGUGUCGAAAACGAGAAACCUUCCCUGUUCCGUCCACUUGUGAGCGGUCUCUUGCGGCCGCAGCCACAACUCCAAGAUCCAGCUCUGCUUUGUCUUUUUUCCGCGCUUUUUUUCAAGAACUACACAACUGCCAGUUUUCGACCUUUGUGGAGAUGCGUCACGGGUGACCUUCACACAGACAUAUGCACGCAUGUGUGUAUACCCAUUUGCUAUUGUAGGUAUACAUAAUAUACAUAACAUAUAGAUAUAUAGAUAUAUAUAUAUGCACACUGGGUUGUGUACCAGCGUCAAUGUGGUACGCACAGUCAAUCGCAUCUGCAUAGAGAAACUUGUGAUGAAAACAUUUAUGACAACGUGAUUGUACAGCUUCCAGUUUUCUUGUUGACAUCAGUUUUCGUUUUCGAUCUCUUUGCUCUAUCCGCUGUCCUUUUCGAGUAAUUGCUUCCGUAAAGACAAACGCGUUUCCGACGUGCGAGGUCAUGAGAAACCUGUUCAUGGGGCACACGGCUUUUCUCCACGAGUCUGUCUGUUGGGGGUGUCUGGGUUGCGUGAGGGGAAGUGCUGCAUGCGUUUUUCGUGGAUUUCCAGGAAGAACUGAGCAAGCGUGUAUUCUGUCACGGUGUCACGCACAAACUCUCUUCUGCUUCGCUUUUCGUAGAGAAGCGGGAGCGGCGGACACGCGAGGGGAAGACUCAGUUUCAGGAGAAUCAAAAGUGAAAUCACACGCUGAAUUCUUGUACAUGCAGUGUCUAGACAGCGGGAGCGGUGACGGGUCUCUUUAUUGGUCUGUCGCUGUUCUGGGAUAGUUUCCGGUGGAUCUUCGUUCCGAUUUUUUAUGUCUUCGCGUCUCAUGCGUUUCCACGGAAGGUUCUGACGGGCGGCAGUGCAAAGCGUGAUUUCUGGCGUCUCUGGAGUCCGUCUUUUCCGUCAAACGUGGCGCAAAAACGGAAGAGUGAUAUGCGUCUUCGCGAGUCGCGCCGUUUUGUAGCAUGCACUUGCUGACGGCUGUUUCUCUCGAAACUUUCGGAAAUGAAGACGCUCCCCGAG